AUGGAGAAAGACAUUACUUCGUUAAAUAGGACUCGUGGUGGAAUCAAGGCGCAAAUAACUAGACUAUUAGCGUCAAUAAAGGAUCAGCAGUUAGAGGAUGUUGAAAUAGAAGAAAUUGAAGUCAAGUUGGAUAAAGAGCGUAAAUUAAAUCAACAGUUUGAACCUUUAAGACAAGACUACUACAAAGUUGUGAAAAGAGAUGAAGAUUUAGUGGAAAUUGAAAAUAGCUUCGAGGAUAUCGACUCGGAUCUCCUAAAAUUGGAGGUUAUGCUUGGUGAUCCGGAAUUUACACGGAGUUCCAAAAUCGAUGCCCUUUUGGGUGCUGAAACCUUCUUUGAAAUUGUUAAGGGUGAACAAAUACGUUCAUCUCUAAAUUCAUUAAUAUUUCAAAAUACUGUAUUUGGUUAUGUCGCUGGUGGCUAUGUAAAUACAAACAAUCAGGAGCCAUCUACUAAUUUAUGUACUUUAGUUUCUCGAAAUGAAAAUAUAGAAAAAGUAAUCAAAAAAUUCUGGUUAGUGGAAAAUAUUAGUGAAGAAAAUACUAUUCUUAGUAGUGAAGAAGAGUUUUGCGAGGCUCAUUUUAAAGAAACCCACACCAGAAAUAAGGAUGGUCGAUUCGUAGUUAAAAUGCCGAUGAAAGAAGGUUUUUUGGGUGAUUCUAAAGCCUUAGCCAACGUUAGACUUAACCAAACAGUUAAGCGAUUGCAUAAGAAUCCCAUGAUGAAAAAUUUAUAUAAGGAAUUUAUUGCAGAAUAUGAAAGUUUGGGUCAUAUGGAAAAAGUGAAUAAUGACCUUUGUGAAGGAUCUUAUUAUUUGCCGCAUCAUGGAGUUUAUAAACCUGAAAACUCAACCACAAAAUUAAGGGUUGUAUUUAAUGCCAGUGCCCCUAGUACAUCGGGACAAAGUUUAAAUGAUUUGCUUCUUGCCGGUGCAGUGAAAGAAAAUAUUUUUGAAAUAAUGACUAGAUUUAGGACUUAUAAAUACGCAUUUACGGCAGAUAUUAAGAAGAUGUACCGUCAAAUAUUAAUUGAUGAAUCACAGAGAAAUCUGCUAAAAAUAUUAUGGAAGGAUAAUAUGAAUGAGUCUCCAACUACUUAUCACCUUAACACUGUCACUUACGGCACAAAAUCGGCUCCAUUUUUGGCCAUUCGUUGUUUGAAGCAACUCGCUUUGGAUGAAGCGAAAAAAUUUCCGUUAGCUUCACAAGUUACACUAACAGAUGUGUAUAUGGACGAUUUCGUCUCGGGUGCUACUACUUUAGAAGCAGCCCAGGAAUUACAAAGGCAGUUGAUACAAAUGCUGCAAACUUGUGGCAUGGAGCUUCAUAAAUGGACUUCAAAUUCCACUGAACUCAUAAAUAAUAGCUCUGAGGAAACUAACCAACAAUAUUUUCUCGUUGAUCGACAUUCUUCAAUAAAAGCUUUGGGUCUGAAUUGGCAACCAAAAGAAGAUUAUUUUCUCUUUAAGGUAAACUUAAAGAUCAAGCUUUUCUACACUAAAAGAGACGUGUUGUCAGUUAUCGCUCGUUUGUAUGAUCCAUUAGGUCUCGUUGGUCCUGUUAUCACAAAGGCCAAAAUUUUCAUGCAAAAAUUAUGGAUCCAACAAUUGAACUGGGAAGAUACUCUCCCUCAGUCAAUUCAGCCAGAAUGGUCGAAUUUUGUGACAUCUUUGAAAGUAAUUGAAAAUCUCAAAGUUCCUAGACAUAUCUUGACAGAAUCUUAUGAAAGAACUGUUAUAGUAGGUUAUGCUGAUGCUUCUGAAGCUGCUUUCGGAGCGGUAGUUUACAUGAAAUCUAUUAUGGAAGAUGGCACAGCUGUUAAUAAACUUAUUGCCAGUAAAUCAAGAGUUGCUCCCAUUAAAGUCAUUUCGAUCCCUCGUUUGGAGUUGUCAGCGUGUCUCCUUCUGUCGCAGUUGAUAGAAGGAAUUCGUCCUUCUCUUCAGAUGCUAAUCAGUGAAACAAUCUGUUACACCGAUUCAACAAUUGCACUUGCCUGGAUAAAGACACCUCCAUAUAAACUAAAAACUUUUGUCGCUACUCGAGUAUCAAAGAUACAAACUCUCACAGAAAACUUCCAGUGGAAACAUAUUUCUUCCCAACUGAAUCCUGCUGAUGUAAUAUCUAGAGGUUUGAACCCUCAUGAACUCUUAACCAACGACUUAUGGUGGCGUGGUCCUGACUAUUUACUGGAUUCUAAAAAUUAUUCUAGUGUUGAACUUGAUGAGUCUGCAAUUUCAGAUGAACAAUAUCUGACUGAACUGAAAUCACAGUCAAACAUUAGUUUAUCUUCUGACCUCAAUCACUAUUACAUUUUGUUCGGCAAGAAUUUUGGCCCAUUGGAGGCAAAAAUAUCGCAAGAAAGGUUGUGCACAACUGUAUAA